AUGUUCAAAUUACGACGAGGUUCCGGAAGUGGAAUGGGAAAAUCCAAAAAGGAGCUUCGUGAAAGCUCUAGUGGAAAUGCUAAAGCGGUGGCUGCGGAUCAUGCUGGCACUGUGGGUGACCACAGUCGCUCUCCCCAACGUCCGUCCAAUAAAUUGCGUCCAUUACGAGAAGAACUGAAACAACCAAAACAGCAACCAGCAGAAGCAUCCCCGUCCGCACCGCCGAAAGAACGACUGUUUCCAGGACGCAAAUUCGGUUCGUUUGCCAUAUCUCCAAAAUCCCCAUCCUCCCUGCGUGGCCGAAUGUCACUCUUCAAGCGAGCCUCUAGUGUCAAAUCAACGAAGAAGAAGAAAAAGAGAGAAUCCGAUGCGGUCGACGAUUGGUUUGACGAAAAAAAAGAACAAAAUUCGACACCCACCCGAAAAUCACCCAAACCGCCUACCAGGGGAGCCUAUUACACUGCCCCUAUCGAUAGAUCCAAUCGAAAGGUGAAUUCUGCCAACGUUCAUGGCAUGUCAGGAUUGUCCUUUAUGCCGAACCUAGCUGCAGACGAACAAGAGACUUAUGAAUUGGAUUUGCCAGAUGUCGAAGUCUUGGAGACAGUUCCCAAAAAGAAGGGAAGAUCCAAAAAGCGAGGGAGUCGCCGACGACCACCAACCUCGGCUCCAGAUUUGUCACCCUAUCAGACAUCACCGACAGCCUCGUCGCACUCUUCCAGAUCUCAAAUAAACACUGCGAGUGCCAGACCUACCUUGUCCAAGUCCAUGCGGUCCCAAUCUGCCCGAUCCCCAUCCCCCUAUUCCAUGACCAAAGACAAGAUGUCCCAAUCCAUGCAUACCGAGUCGCCCUAUAUUCGUCCCAAACAAAAGGUGGAUUUGUCCCAAUCCAUGCGAUCCACAUCUUCCACUCCCGCGGCAGCAGCAAAGUCCACCACAUCCUCCUCGUCGUCGCAAGGAGGAGGAGGUUUGUCACGACGACAAGAAAAAUUACACACGGAACGAGAAAUGGCAGAAGAAUUUACCAUUGGUCAAGUGGUGGAGUUACACGGUUUGAAAAAUGAGGAAAUGAAUGGCCGCAAGGGUCGGGUGUAUGGCAAAAAGAAACAUUCCGACCGGUAUCACAUUGCGCUAUUUGUGGAGGACACAUCAGUGCCGCCAACGAAUGAGGAAGAAGAGGAAGACGAUUAUGUGGCCAUUCGACCUAGGAAUAUGAAAUUGUAUACGAAAAAGAAGGAAGCAGAUAUAGAGGAGCCUGCUGCAAAGGAGGAGACGACAGUGCCAGAAACGAAAAUACCAAAAAAUAUUGUUCCAAAAAAGAAAAAGGCAAAGAAGCAAGAAGCGGAAAAGAAGUCAGUCGCACAAUCACAUCAACAACAAGUGCAGCCUGUCGAGGAAGAGGAUCAUUCCGACGAACGACAACAACGACCACCCACCAAACCACUUUCUUCACGUUCCAUCAAUACCACCAAUACCACCAAGAACAGCAGCACGAACCAUCACAAGUCCGACAUUACAGUGGACGACUUUCAGAUUGGGGAAUGGGUACGACUGCAGGGCCUCCGAACAGAAACCAUGAAUGGCAGAGAGGGUUAUGUCUAUGGGAUGAGUGAAGAUCGUGUCCAUGUGGUCAUUGACCAGGUGGGGGACAUUGACACUAAUCUCAAAAAUUUCAUGCAAGAUCAGGACUAUGUCGCCAUUUGGCCGCACAAUUUGGUGUUGCUGGGAACGAAACAGAUUUCUUCGGCGAAACGGAAAUCGGGUGGUAUCGCCGCGUCGUUUUCGUCGUCGCGCAAAUCGGGUGGCAUCGGUGGGUCGUUUGAAACCUUGCUCAGCGAUAGCGAAUGGGAAACCGACACGGAUGAUGAGCAUGAUGAUGAUGAAGAAGAGCUUGCCGACGAGGAGGGACGAAAAUCGACCGGGGAGGCAGCCUCGAGGGCCUCUCAGAGCGAUAGCGAUUGGGAGACAGAUACAGAUGAUGACAACGACGACAACGACGCGAUUGCAAACUCAGAUGAUGAUGAUGAUGACGACGAGAUUGCAGAUGACACUCUACUAGAUUCGAGUGACGACGACGAGGCCACCGAUAUGAAGUCUCUGGACGACGAUAUUGACGAGCGAGUCAUCAAAGUGGACGAUAUUGAGAGCUUGGACGGUGAUAUUGAGGCUUCGGAUGAUGAUGAUGAUGAAGAUGAUUCGGAUAAUGAUGAUGAUUCAGACGAGGAAUCCUCCAUUGCGCUCGAAAUGAUCUCGGAAAAGUCUCAAUUUAGUGCUCCCAAAACAACCCCACCCGGCUCGUACAAGAAAAAAAAUCCUUCAACAACAAAAGAUACGGAUGCAACUUCCAUCACCAUUGAAGAGAUUGAAGAGGAGGAGAGUGGAAUUGAUUUUGAAUAUGCAUCAACUUCUGACGACGAGACUUAUGAAGUGGAUUUGAAGGACGACGACGAUAUAAAGGAUGCCAAAGAUACGAAAGAAAAUGAAAAAUCUCAAGUUCUCGAUUGGUAUCAUUGCUCCGUAAUGCUCAGCGUCAACAUGUCAGAUGAUGAUGAAGAAGAGGACUCAUGUGCGCCCCCGGUCAAUGACACCAAGGAUGACUUUAUAUCCAACAUGCUGUCAGACGAUGAAGACGAUUUGCACGGUGAUUGCAACGAGCUUGUUGCCAACAAGCAUGCAGAGCGUCCCCAGAGUCGAAAGUCACAUGCUGCUGCUGCUGCUGAAGCUUCAAGUGUACACAAGAAUCACUUCUCUCUUGAAACUGCUGUUGACAAGGUCAAGGAAGCGAUAAUGCACGAGGAGAUGUUGCUAGAUUUGAAGAAAAGGGGUCUAUCUCACGAGAUUCUCUGUGUUGAUGACGAUGACGCUAGUGUAGUCACCAUGUCGGAUGAAUCUUACAUGGUGGAUUUGAUGUCUCAAAUACAGCAGCGAAGUUCACUUCGUCAAGAGGAACUCUUGGAGAUGGCAUUUGACCUUUUUUCACAUCUUGCCAGCAGCAAAGACGGCCAAUUUGAUGGCCAGAGCGAAGAAGUAUUUUUGAAGAUUCAUCAGCAGGUCACGGCGAAGCAUGGCCCCGAGUUGAAAGAGCGAGAUGAUGCCAAAGAUAGAAAACUGAAGAAAUAUCUUUCGGCAGUGCAUCAUAAAAAGUAUUGA